CUUAGGCCUACACAGGCAGGGUUCCCGCGGGUCCUUAAAAAGUCUUAAAAUGUCUCAAAUUAAAUUGUCUUAAAUUUGCUGCAGGUAUUAAAUUUGCUCAUGGUGUUUUUAAGAUGGGGUAAAUUGUCACCUAUCGUCACACACGAUAGCCUACCGUAAAUCCCCUAAUGCGUCUUUGGUUACCUCACCAUAGCCGUUUGUAGCCUAUUAGAGAUGAGGCCUUAGCGGCAUUUUCAGGAGUUUUACACUACGUUAGCUAGCUAGUGAUGGUGAUGCACAAGUUUCACCCUUCACCUUAGCCGUGGGUGCUACACUCAGCAUGGGAUGAUGCAAGUUUAACGAAAAAUGGUUGGAGAAGGACAGGUUUCGGGGGUUGUUGGCGUUGGCAAGAGACAAUGAGGCAAGGUGUAAUUUAUGCCGUAAGACGUUCAUAUUAGGGACCAUGGGAGUGAAAGCCCUAGAAUCCAACAUAAGCUCGCAAAAACAUAAGCGGUACACCGCGGCGGCUAGUGGGGCUAAAUCCGUGUAUCAUUCGUUCUUUUCAUAUUCAAUUGAGAUUCCAAAAUCGGAAAAUGAAAAAAUGGUUUGUUAUUCGUUUUUGUACUUUCGAUUUAAUGCUCAGAUCAAAAAUGGGAAAUGAAAUACCUGGCCACAGACAGAUUUUGAUUUUGAUAUUUAAUUUGUUUGAUUUGUGUGAACCGGAAGUUACGGUCUUCUUUGUGUGUUGCACUUGGAAGUUUCCAAGUUUUUUUAUAUAUACUGUCUAUGGAAGUUUCCCGCAAUUUGGAAAACAGUUAGAAGAAGCCUGGAAAACCUCAAUCAUGCAGUGAUUCUAAGUUAAUGACUCAGUAUUUCUUAAGUAAUUUCGUAUUGACAUCAUGGCCGCACUGGAACCAUAUGCUGAUUUAAUUAAAGAUUUAUUUGAAACUGGCAAGACACAUGUAGAGAUUUCCACAACGCUGCAGCAGAUGGGUAUCCAGCGAUGUUCUGAAAUGAGUGUGAGAAGAUUCUGUGUUCAGCACAACCUUAAGCGAAAAAGACAUGUAUUGGACACAGAAAUGGAGAGGGCUGUGGUUGGAUCAAUAUAUGAAACGGGCCCAUCUUAUGGCCGCAAGUUCAUGACUGGAUAUCUGUCUUCAAUGGGAGUGCAUGCAGGAGAAUGUCGAGUUGGGAAAAUCCUCAGAGAGAUUAAUCAGCCAUACCACGAAUUCCGAUGUCAGGCAAGUCAUAUGCUAAGAAUGAAGUAGGCCUACAAUACAUGAUGUUGCAUGCAUAUAAGAAUUUCUUUGAUGUAGAAAUGGUUCGUGAAUAUUCUGGGCUCAAAAUAUAAAACAUGUCUUCAGGGUGCUCGUAAUCUAAAUCCCAUCCUGUAUCAUGCUGAAUAUAUGGGCAAUAAAAUUCACAUGGACCAAAACGAGAAGCUUGUGAGGUUUGGAGUGACACACGUCGUGGCAGUUGACUACAGCAGCAAAAUUGUUGCCAAUGCCACCAUGCCAGUGAAAAACAACCUUGUGAUUUAUGAGGAAGUUUACAGAUCUGCAGUGGUUAACCAUGGGAUGUGGGACCAACUCAGGGUCGACCAUGGCAGGGAGUUUUACAUGUGCUUGUACAUGAAAGAGAUGCUGUCAAGACAUAGACACAACCCUAGCAGGCCACCAUACCUUCAAACAACAUCAACAAGGAAUCUUCGAGUGGAAAGGAUUUGGCCCGAGGUGAACAAUCGCGUUAACUACCCAUUGAAACAGGCCCUGGUACACCUACUGGACCAAGAAAUCCUCAACAUGGAGGACAAUAUGACUAAAUUCUGCAUUUCAAACCUGACAUGUCAAUUAAGCCAAAUUGGACUAGGCAGAGUGGUGCAAUCGUGGAAUGCACACAGGAUCCCAGGACGUGGGAUACCCAAUGAACUCGCAGCAGGUGGCUGUCCAGCUAAAAUCUCUGAAGAGCUGCUGCCCAAUGCCUCUGUUGUGGCAAACAUGUAUGAGCAAGAGUUUGGAUCCUCGCUGACUUGGGUGUCAGUUUUUGGAACUGACCCAUUUUCAUCUGAGGAGGAUAGAUGUCAUGCAGAACAAGACUUUUCAGAAAACUACCCUGACAUCUCUCUUCUUUUUAAUCAUGUAGUGAACAAUGACUAUACACCUUUCCAAGAUGCCUUGUUAUACCUCAUAAAUGUCACCCAAAGAUAUGUCUGAAAACAGUAACUCAAAAUGCUGUGGUGUUGUUAAGUAGCUAGGAAAACAGACUGCGUUAUGCUACAGUGCUGAUUCAAAGUUCGUCAACCCUUUAUGCAGUUCUAGUUUUUAUAUAAAAUCUUAAUUCUCCACACUGUUGGAAUCAAUAUGGAUCGGUCUCAGUGUGCUUUGUUCUUUACUUCAUCAAACUAAUCAGUGUGCAUAGAGCCUCAAUUGAUACCCUCUUAAUUGUUGCACAUUAAAACUGUAUGUUGGAUGAGAGCACCCUGAUAACUCUGCUCUUAAAAAAAAUAAAUAAAAA